GUCGAGCCGCGGGAGCGGAGGGGCGGCCGCGGGGCCGCCGCUGCCGCCGCCACCAGCGGUCCCUGCAGGUCCCACCCGAGGGGACCGCGGGGGUUUCCCGCAGGGAGGAUCCGCCCUGAGGCUGCUCCAAGAUGCACAGGACCACCCGGAUAAAGAUCACGGAGCUGAACCCGCACCUGAUGUGCGCCCUCUGCGGCGGCUACUUCAUCGACGCCACCACCAUCGUGGAGUGCCUGCACUCCUUCUGUAAAACCUGCAUCGUUCGUUACCUGGAGACCAACAAGUACUGCCCCAUGUGCGACGUGCAGGUGCACAAAACCCGGCCCCUGCUCAGCAUCCGGUCGGACAAAACCCUCCAGGACAUCGUGUACAAGCUUGUCCCGGGGCUUUUCAAAGAUGAGAUGAAGAGGAGGCGUGAUUUCUACGCUGCGUACCCGGUGGCCGAGGUUCCCCUGGGCUCACAGGAGGAGCAUGGCGAGGUGGCUGAGCGGGACCAGGGCAUGGGGCCCGAGGAUGAGAUCGUCAGUCUGUCCAUUGAGUUCCACCGGGACUGCAGGGAGGAGCAGAAAGGCGCCAUGGAGAACGGGGACCUGGACAAGGACAAGGCGCCGCCGUGCCCGCCCAGCCCUGGGCUGCGGUUCCUGCGCUGCCCCGCAGCCAUGACCGUGCUGCACCUGGCCAAGUUCCUGCGCAACAAGAUGGACGUGCCCAGCAAGUACCGGGUGGAGGUGCUGUAUGAGGAUGAGCCCCUGAAGGAAUAUUACACCCUGAUGGACAUUGCCUACAUCUACCCCUGGAGGAGGAGUGGUCCCCUGGCACUCAAGUACCGCGUCCAGCCCUCCUGCAAGCGGCUCAAGCUGUGCCCAGCGCUGCCAUCCGAGGGCACCAACACUAGCGGCGCCUCCGAGUGCGAGUCGGGCAGUGACAAAGCGCAGAGCCCUGGGCUGGUGUCGCCCCCCGGGCUGGCAUCGCCCCCUGCCCUGCCCAGCCCCGGGCACGGCCCCCCUGGGCCUGCCCUGAACGGCUCCGCCUCGAACUGUCACCAGCUGCCACCCAGCUGCCACCCGGUGCCACCCGCCCGCGGCCGCAAAACUGCCCUGAACGGCAGCGCGGGCUCGGCCCUGAGCUAAAAACCUCCAGGCGCUGCUGGAAACCCUCCUGGAACUCUGGAAAAUCAUCCUGGGAUUCUGAAAAUCCUCCUGGCACUCUGGAAAAUCUUCCUGAGACUCUGAAAACCCUCCUGGACUCUGGAAAAUCCUCCAGGGACUCCCACAACCCCUCCAGGGACUCUGAAAAACCCUGCAGGGGCUGCUAAAAAUCCUCCUGGAACUACUAAAAAUCUUCCUGGAACUCCUGCAGACCCUCCAGGGACUGCUAAGAACCCCCAGGGAUUCCUAAAAAUCCUCCUGGGAUUCCUAAAACCCCUCCAGGGAUUCCUGAAACCCUCUGCAGACCUCUAUAAACGUGAGUGUGUACAUAGGGACACAGCAGAGUUCUACAGAAUUAUUUUCUAAUUUAAAAACAUAGAGAAGAUGCAGAAAUGGCGGCAGAUAUUUUUAAAUGUGCUUUGGGUUGGUUUUGUUUGGUUUUUUUGUUUGGUUUUGUGGGUUUUUUUGUGGGGCUUUAAGGUUUGGCUUUGACUUGUGGAAGCUGCAGGCCCCUCCCUCAUCCCACCCCAGGAGCUGGGAGCUGCCACACUCCCAAAUUCCCACAUUCCCAAAUUCCUAAAUUCCCACAUUCCCAUGUUCCUCCAUUCCCACUUUUCCCAGAGGUUUUUCCCUCUCCUCCUCCUCCCUCUCCACCAGUGCCAUGGCUGCACAGGUGAGGGCCAAGCACAGAACCCAAAAUCCCAAAAGGCCCAAAAACCCAAAACCCCAAAAACCCCAACCACCCCCCCAGCCUCCCUGGACUCUGCUGCAGGGUUUUAUUUCCCACUUUUGGGGUUUUUUUGUUUUUUUCAUGGGCUUUCACACCCCACCUUGGAGCACUCAGCUCCAGCAGCUCCAGCUGUUCCCAGAUCUCAUCCUGGGUAUUUUUGGGGGGAUUUCUUUGCUUUCCCUGUGGGCUCUGCCCUUCUGCACAGUAAAUUCGGGGGUUUUGGGGAUAUUUUCCUCCAGCUUGGUGGUGGCAGCACAAAUCCCCUGGAUUAUUUUCUCUUCCCAAAGUCCUGACGGCUCCAGGAAAAUUUGGGGGCACCCAAAGGUUGGGAUGGAGCUGCUCCCUGUUUCCCAUGAUAUCAAUUUUCUUUUUUUUUUUUUUUUUUAUUUUGUUUUGUUUUGUUGGUUUUUUUGUUUGUUUUUGGUUUUUUGGGUUUUUUUGGGGUUUUUUUUUUGUGUAUCGCCCUUCUCAGCCUCUCCUCCUGCCCUCACGGUGCGUUUGUAAUAAAAGAAAAUAAAAAU